AUGGAUUUAUGCAAUAUUUACGUAAAGCACAUCGAUCCAUCAAUCAAAAGCACGGGUCUUUUUAAUCUUUUCAAACCUUUUGGACGUAUUAUCAGUGCACGAGUGAUGGAAGAUCCAGCCACCGGCGAAUCUCGUGGAUUCGGUUUUGUCAGCUACAGCCACCCAACGGAAGCCGCAGCAGCCUUAUUAGAAAUGGAUGGA